UAAUAUACUUUAAAAAUGAUAAUCAAACAAAUUAAAGAUGUAAGAUGGACGACGAAAGAUAAAUUAGAUCAAUAUCGCGGAGUCCUUAAAUUAUAUGCACGUCAAAAGAAAAUAAGAUUCCAAGAUGUCUUGAAAUUAAAGAAAAAGGUAUUGUGGCAAUUGAAUUCAUACAAUCGUGAUAUAAAAAAUUAUCAUGAGAUCAUCAGAGAGAUUACAAAAGGAACUCCGAAAGGUGAAGUAUGUAGUAUGCUACAAGCUCGUAAACGUUUACGAUUGAAAUAUCGCGGACAUGAAACUGAGCACGUUUAUGAUUCUAUUUACGAAGAAAAUCAUCAAAAACGGCGCCAAUUGGAUAUUCUCCGUUUCGAGAAGAAAAGAAAAAUGAAAGAAUGUUUCAGUUUACAAAUAGAGCAUGCGGAAGUGAUUCGCAUCUAUGAAUUGGAGGAAAGAGUGCAAUGGUCUCAAAAUCGAGAGCAUCAACGAUUGAUAUCGCUCUAUCAGAAAUCUGUUGCGAAGCAAAAUGCAGCAAGAGCGAUAAGUUUAACGUAUAGUUUUAUACUUAAAAUUUUAAAAAAGGAUGCGAUGUAUUACGAAACGUUGUUGAACAAUUUGCAAUUAGAUCGUAGAAGUCAAUGCAAAGUGAUACUUCGAACGACGAUAAUGGGGCAAAUCGCAGCCGAGGAAACGAAUGAUAUUGAAAUGAAAUAUAAACGUAUUACACGAGACGUUUGGAAUAAUAUGAAAGAAAGGGAACGUAUGUUGGCACAUUUACAUGAACAGGUUGAGGAUUUGUGGUCGUACGCACAAUCGUUAAUAAGAACUGAAAGCGUAACGAUAAUGAAAGAGAAUGUAAUUAAAUCAAACGAAAUAUUGGACAAACAAAUAAAAUCGUUGGAAGAUGUGUUUAAUAAGAUUAAAGAUUCGUUGCUUGUGCAUACUUAUCGAGAAAUGUUUUCAAGAUUGGAAGAUCAAAUGAAACAACGAACACGACUUCUGGAACAAUUCGAUCGCAAUGUGAAAGAACGUGAUGCAUUGUUGCUUAAAAAAAAGGAGGCAUUAUCUACUCUAUCCAAUUUUGAAUACACUCGUGUAGCUGAUGUCGAAGAAUAUAAUGCGGAUAAAAAUAUCUUGUUGGAACAGAUUGCUAUGCAAAAGAAACGUGAACUUGAGAAAAAAAAUGUGAAAAAAGAACACGGCGAAUUGUUAAUGGAUAUAAGGGCGGCGUUACAAAAUAUGGUGGCAAUGUUGGUUUGCGUAAAACGAGGUAACAAAGUACCUACGAAGAAACCAACGGAAGAACUAGACAAAAAAAUUGACAUUCCCAUGAUGGAAAAAAUGGAGACAGAUAGUUUAGCAUUGUUGUCUAAUGUUAGUCGAAAAGUAGGACAACUAUUUGGAAUGAGCAAUUUCGAAUUUGACAAAGAUAGAGAAGAGAGGGCAAGGGAUCUAUAUCAAACUUACGUUUCUAAUUAUCGCUCGAAUAUUAAGUUCAAAGAAGAGGAGGUAGAACCACCGGGUCUCAUUGUUGAACAUCAAGCGAUCGAUACUUUAGUACCAACACGAGCAGAGAUUAAAUUAAGAAGCAAACAAGCUGUAGAAGCUUAUUUAAGAUUAGAAUGAUUCUCCUCUUUCUCUUUUAAUUUAUCAUGAUGAAAGUAUAUAAGAAUGAGUUUAAUUACAACAUCUAUGUUUAAAUAAAGUGUGUAUGAAAUCAA